GAGCGGAGUGGGAGGAUGGGUCGUAGGUUGCAGCUGUUGGUUGAUCAGUGGCUAGGUCCCAGUGUGCAACAUGGAUAGGUCGAGGCCCUUUGAGGGGCCCUGAGAUUUGUUCAAAGUUAUCAUUCUCAGAGUAUGAAUGAAUCUUCUUCGCAGAAGGUGGCAGAUGCUUGGAAAGCAUGGAUGCAUUUCUUGUUAACUGAUUUUCCAAGCCUGGGGACAUUUAUUACCAAAGAUUAUGAGAAAGCAGAUCUCAAGAAGUCAAAGAAAGAGAGGGAGGAAUCCAUGACAGAGAGAUUUGCGGGCUACCAGAGGCUAUGUCUUUUUGGGUUGGGCUCAAUGUUCUGGAGCAGUGUCACCAGUGUACUUGCUGAUAUUGAACAAAAACAAAAAGACAACCCAGAUUGGAAAAAUUGGACUGGAUAUUAUUUCAUUUACUCUGCUGUUGCCCUAUUGCUUAUGCUCGUUGGAUUGGCGGCAUCAACAUUCACUGACACUUGUUGGUUUGCACCAUCUUUGGCUGGGUUGGGAGCUCUACAAGCUGUUAUAUUUGUGCUGGGCGCCUUUCAUAUUGAUUCUCUCAAGUAUCAUUCAAAUGUUGACCAGUGUUACCACUUUAUGAUUGGGUUCGCGGUAGCAGUUAUCUUUUUCUGGGGAUGGAGCAUCCAGGACCCUAUGCCCCUUCAUAUAAUUUCAAAGUUAAUUGUCUGGCUCAUUGGCAUCAUUUGUUAUGGUGUUUGGCUUCUUCUACACCAGAUUUAUCUGUUGAUGAAAUGGUUUUUCAGUUGUCUUGGAGGAGUCAGCUUUUCUUCCUGGGAGUAUAUUUGGACUGGCGAGAACUCGAUCAAGAACCGUCUGGUAGCUUGGUACCGCAGAACGUAUGAGAGACUACCACAGCAUGCAGUGUAGGCAUCAGCUGAGUGCCUGAGUCUACUGCACUGCUGCAUUGACAGGAAGCGGUGAGAAGUUUUAAGUAACUGCAAACUUUUCCGGAGACAAAGUAAGGUUUGCUUUGAGGAAUGCUACCUUGGAGCGUACACUGAGCUGUAGAAUAGCUGAGGCAAGUACUGUAGGUGUCAGAAUCAGGAUCACAAUGGUGAUCGAUCGUAUAGCACUGGUGUGAUUUUGACCUUUGUUCAUGGCGAGUCGUCGACUCGUCGGUUGGUGGUGAAUGUUAACCGGCUCAUUAGUUGUCACGCUGCAGAUACAUGUAAUACUUACGUUGGUUGUUCUCCGAAAUCCGUUGCUUGAACAUAGUACUCAUGAAAUGUUUUGGGUUCUCACUUUUGUGCAUGUUA